AUGAGGGGCGUGGUUUAAGGGGGAGGAGCCCCGCGCUCUGGCCCCGCCCCCUCGGAGCCGGAGCUGCCGAGACCCAAAAACCCAAAUUGGGCUCAGGGAGCCCCGGAUCGGCUCCGGAGCCCCCGGGGGCCGGCGCAGGUCCCCCCAUGGCCGAGGGCGGCCCCUCCCCCCGUGUCCCCCCCGGGGAGGUGACAGAGCCCGGCCCCGCCCGGGGACAGCCCGGGGGUGGCACCGGGGGUGGCAGCGGCGCCCCCUGGGCCAGCGGCAUCAUCAUCACUGUCACCGCGGCGCCGGCCGAGGACAGCGGGGACAGCGGGGACAUUGGGGACACUGGGGACAUUGGGGACAUCAAAGAUAUUGGGGACAUCGGGGAUGUUGGGGACAUUGGGGACAUCAGGGACAUUGGGGGCACUGGGGACAUUGGGGACAUUGGGGACAUUGGGGACAUUGGGGACAUCAAAGAUAUUGGGGACAUCGGGGAUGUUGGGGACAUUGGGGACAUCAGGGACAUUGGGGGCACUGGGGACAUCGAGGCCACUGGGGACAUCAGGGACAUUGGGGACACCAAAGAUAUUGGGGCCAUCAAGGACAUUGGGGACAUCGGUGACACUGGGGACAUCACGGUCCCCACGGAUGGAGGACAGGGCGGUGCCCCCAUCCCGUGUGACGCUGGGGACGUUGGGGACAGGGCUGUCCCCACGCUGAUUGUCACCGUCCUGAGGGACACCACCGGGGACAGGGACACCACCGGGGACAGGGACAGCGGGGACAGGGACGUGCCAGCCCCGGGGGACGAGGGUGGCGGUGACGGCGAUGUCACAGCCCCGGGGGACGCUGGGGACAGGGACAUUGAGGACAUUGGGGACAGGGACAGUGAGGACAGGGACAUUGGGGACAGCGAUGCCACCACCCCAAAGGACACUGGGGACAGGGACAUUGGGGACAGGGACAUUGGGACAGCGGGGACAGCGGUGCCACCGCCCCGGGGGACACUGGGGACAUCCCCGCUCCUGGGGACGGGGACAGCGGGGACACGCAGGCCUCGGCCCCGCAGGGCCUCGGGGACGGCGACGGACAGGGACAUUUGGGACGGUGACGUCACCGCCCCGGGGGACAGGGACAGGGACAUUGGGGACAGGGACAUUGGGGACGGUGACGUCACCGCCCCGGGGGACCUCGGGGCCGCCGCUGUCGCCUGCCGGGCCGGUGGCAUCACCAUCACCGUGCUGGCCCCGCCCCCGGAGGAGGAGGAGGAGGCGCCCGAUGAUGACGUCAUCGCCUAUGACGUCGUCGCGGCCGGGGAGGGCGGUGACGUCACGGAGGGGCGGGGCGGCCCCUCCACUCCUCCCGCCUGUGACGUCGCGGCUGAGGGCGACGUCACUUCCUCUGCGCCGGGGGGUGACGUCGCUGCUGACGUCACCGCCGGUGUCACCGACGGCGAUGACGUCACUUCCUCUGUCCUGGAGGAAACUCUCGCUGGUGACGUCAUCGCCGGCUGUGACGUCAUCGCCACCCACCCUGAGAGUGGCGUCGCCGAUGACGUCACCGCCUCUGGGAGCGACUUCACUGGUGACGUCAUAGCAGCUAGGCGUGACCUCCUCGAUGACGUCAUCCCCAGCCCUGACCUCACUGAUGACGUCACUGCCGUGAGCGACUUCCCGCUGGAUGACGUCACUGAUGACGUCAUCACCUUGCAUGACCUCACCGAUGACGUCAUCACCCCGGAGAGCGACAUCGCUAAUGACGUCAUUGAGCACGGCUUCCCCGAUGAUGUCAUCGCCUGGGGUGACGUCACAGCCCCUCUCCCCGGGGACGAUGACGUCACGCCGGGGAGUGACGUCAUCGACGACGCCGGCAGCGCGGACCCUGAGGUCGAUGACAUCAUCGCCGUCCACCACGCCCCUCCCUUUCCCGAGGAUGACGUCAUCGAUGACGUCAUUCCCGGUGGGCAUCACCUCGAUGACGUCAUCCGCCGGGGCGACCUCGCCGAUGACGUCAUCCAUGGAGACGACCUCCUCGAUGACGUCACCGAGGACGGCGAUGACGUCACCUUCCCCGGGCUGGGGCCCCUCCCCGCCGACGACGUCAUCGCCACCGAUGACGUCGUCAGCACCGAUGACGUCACUUCCUCCCUGCUGGGUGACGUCACCGGCGACCUCGACGCCGCCUGGGACGACCUCGCCGAUGACGUCACGGCCGACGAUGACAUCACGCCCUUCCUGCCCUUGGACCGGCCCCCGGACCCCGAGGAUGACGUCACAGAUGAUGUCACCGAUGACAUCACCGAUGACGUCACCCCGGGGGCGGAGCAGCCGCUGCUCGGGGCCGCCCCCUUCGGCCGCCGCCACGACGUCGGCAACGACGUCAGCGAUGACGUCACCGAGGACGCGCCCCGAGGGGGCGGGGCAGGCGCCCCCCAGACGCCCCCCCCCGGCUGCCCCCUGCUCUUCCUCGCCCUCCUCUGCCUCCUGCUCGCCCUCCUGCUGCUGGGCGGGCUCUGCGCGGCCGUGCAUUACGUCAAGGUUUUCAUCAUCAGCUCGGCCGCGCUGGCGGUGCCGCCCCCCGAGGCCUUCCCGUGACCCCAAACCCCCCCAAAAAUCCCCCCCCCAAAAC